AUGACAGACGCAGUCACUUUCAAGAAGCCAUCGCGCAAGGGAAGGCCAACAGGACUGCGGCAAAAGAGCCCACCAAAGGAGAGCUCAGAGGAAGUGGAGAAGUCAUCAGUGGCUACGGUUAAGGAUCGCAGAUCGGUUACACAAGCCAAAGCUGAAUCGCAUAAGCAAGGAGCAGCAAGAAAGCGAAAUAUAGAUGUCUCUCAUGUUGAAGACGAUGAGAGUGGCGGCGGUGUUGUAGAUGUUGCCUGGUCUGCCACCAAUUCCUCGGACAACACUAUGAAUAGAAAUACAGCAGUCGUCGAUACAGACGCUGAAACUAUUGAUGGCCCUCAGUUGAAGAAAUACAAAGAGGGCGAUGAAGUCGACGCUAAUGAUUUGGAAGACGACGGUCUCUACAAAGGUCUCCAAUCUUACACCUCCCAUAUCAAGAAAAAGCCUGAUAGCGCACAGUCUGAUAAGUUUAAGGCUGGGCCUGUUCGCGCACCUACCAACAUUCGUCAGAUCACUAUCACCGACUUCCAACCAGAUGUAUGCAAGGACUACAAAGAGACGGGAUGGUGUGGAUUUGGUGAUACUUGCAAGUUCCUCCACGAUCGUUCGGAUUACAUGGCUGGUUGGCAACUUGACCAGGCUUGGAAUAAGAUGCAGGCGCAAAAAUCUGGUGCUGCUGCUUUUGAAGAUGAUAGUGACGAAAGCGAAGACGAGGACAUGCCAUUUGCAUGCCUGAUUACGCGUGAGCCUUUCGUCGAUCCCGUCGUAACUAAAUGUGGACACUACUUUGAAAAAAGCGCGGCGUUGAAGCGUUUUCAGAAAACACCUAAGUGUUAUGCAUGUGGUGCAGCGACUGGUGGCAUUUUCAACAAACCCAAGCAGCUCAUCAAGAAGCUCAAAGAGAGAGCUGCGAAAGAGGAAGAGGAGGCGCAGGAGGGCGACAGCGAUAGUGGUGCCAUUGAGGGACUAGAGGAGAAGCAUGAUAAUGAGACUAAUUGA